UUGUUGUUACCUGCAAUACGCAGACAUUUAUUACGUGACACAACGUAGCCGGUGCAACUUGAACCACGAUCCUCUCUAUCUCUUCAGUUGUUGUUCGACGCGCGGCGCGAUUCCUCCUCCUAAUCCUUUCGUUCGAAUUUCGCUAACGAGCGAGAUAAGCUCCGUUUGCGCGUUUAUCGAUCAAAUUUUAUCUGAAACUUGAUUUCGAGAAAUUGGAAUCCGUUUUUUUUUUCCAAAUCUCAUAGAAGCAUGCACUAUGAUUUUUAGAUAAUAAUUUCUGAUUUGCAAUUGAAUUGAAUAUUUGAUAUACCGUUUUUGUGUAAACUUCGUUUGAUUUUCUUCGAUGUGAUAAUAAUUAUUCGUGGAAUUUAUUUUUAAUUUGCGAGUUUUGUGCCGAAAUUGUGUGAAAUUUUGCGAUGAAGUAUAUACAUUUUAUUCGAAUAUAUUUAAAAUGUUCGAAUGCCUGAUGUGUGAAAAUUUAAUGUGGUUAACGAUGGUGGAAUGAAUAUUGCGAAAUUGCAAAAUUUAUCGGUGAAUAAAAUUAUAAUAAUGUGGAAUCGUAAAGUAUUUAUCAGGAUCAUCGAAGUGAUACUUUGUAUUGCUUGUGUGGUGGCAUUAAGGGUGACCGAUGACGAGAGUCGAAGGGUUUUCCAUUAUUUAAGAAGUCGCAGCAGAGAAUGGUCUCUUUUGAACAACGUCACGUGGGGUGCAAUAGGCGCCGCUCUUGCAACCGCGACUUGUGGUGGUUACAUAAUAAUCACAACAGGUCUCCUUAUUGCCGCUGCAACAGGAGAGCUUAAUGGUCGAAAGACGGAAAUAUUCUUCCUUGGACUUGGAGUGAUUCUUUUCGGUAUUGUUGGCGCAUUGUCCAUGGCGUCCAUUGAAAACGUCCCUGAGGAUUUGAUCGACAAUGCCGCGGUUUUUGGGGCACUGUGUCUGCUAACAGCGUUGGUUUUCAUCGGCGACCUGUUAAUGAGCACACCUAAAAAGAAGAACAAGCAAAGCAAAUUGGCGGAAUUCUUGACCGAUAAAAAAGGCAAGGAACAACAAAUAACGACGACUCUUACCACGGAAAAAGAAUCAAAAUCUCCGAAAAUAAGCGGUUCAAAAGUCUCCAAAAAAGACGAUGAGGGAAAUAUAAACGAUGGUUUCGAUAAAGUGGAUGAACAACGCCAAAAGAGUUCAGCCAAGAAGGAGGAACGAAGGUAUUCGAAAGAAGAAGCGUAUGGGCACGAUGAAAUCGAUAAUUUCGAUCGAGAAGACGGAGAGCCGAAAGAGUACACGCAGAACUUCGAGAAUGGAAGAGCUCUCAGGGAUUCGCAAAUGUAUCGAGAUCCUGAGAUGCAAAAGGUUGGGAACAGAGAUUCUUAUAAAAUGGCUCACAGAAUGGAAAUGCCUGUGAUGUAUAAGAUGCAGGAUAUUUAUCAACGUCCAGUGGAUGAAAUCGACACGCCUCGUUUUCCGAUUGAGACGAAUCGCAAAAAUGAGACUAUGUUCGCCAAACUCGUGAACCCUAGCGUGAAGAUUAUGAAAGUUGAACGUGAUGUGGACGAAGCUAUCGAAAGUUACAGAUAUUCUGACACUAGUCAGUACGACAACGUGCCAGUCAGAAUGAGAGGAACAUCGUUGAGAAGUCAGAAGAAAAGUCGUGACGUUUCUUUCAACGUUCCACCACCGCCAAAGGGUUAUGAGCAGGAGCUUGACCAAGAAAAAGAUGAAAUCGAGAUGCUGGAAGAAUGUUUUACCUCGCUUCGAACAACAAGCACAGGGACACAGACGCCCAAUCUUCGAAUACCUUCGUCACCCACUGAUCCAGGAUACGUUCGACACACUGCCAGCAAUUGGCCCCAAGAGAAUAAAACUAAGACCCCUGGUUCGAGUCCAAAUCGCACAAGGAAUUGAUAUUAUUAUGCACAAAAAGUAAUUAAAAUUUUGCAUCAUGAUUUCUUACGUCUGAGAUAGAGUUUCCAAUUUUUUGAGAAAGAGAUUUCAAGGAGCUUUGUUAAAAGGAUUAUAGUUAUAGAUAGAUUAGAAAGGUCUGUGAGGUGUUAUGAAAAUGACAUAACAUUUUUUCACUUUUC